AUCGCAAUGCUGGUAUCAAAGCCCCAGCCUACCACGACUCGGCAGACGUGCAUUGCCGCGCGCGCUCCCCGCGCCGUCGUUGCUCGCAAGUCGCGAACCAUAGUUGCAAGCCUGGGUUCCACCGCUAGCACUCCGGCGUCCGCGCCUUCGCCCGAUAUGGCGAGCCCAGCGAUGGUGCUGGACCGCCUGCGCGGAGCCCUCUGGGGUAUCUUCAUCGCGGACUCUCUGAGCAUGCCGGUUCACUGGUACUACAACCCAGGCGACAUCCGCCGCGACUUCGGAGUCAUUGAGACGUACCAGGCGCCCAAGGCGCGCCACCCCUCCUCCAUCAUGUCCGUCAGCAACACCGGCGGCCACGGCCGCGGCGGACAGAACGGCCGCAUCGUGGGCGACGUGAUCAACCACGGCAAGCACGACUUCUGGGGCAAGUCGGGUGUGCACUACCACCAGGGCAUGAAGGCUGGCGAGAACACGCUCAACGCCAUCUGCGCGCGAGUGGUGAUGCGCACCAUCACGCGCGACAAGGGGUACGACGACAAGAAGUGGCUGGAGGAGUACGUCAAGUUCAUGACCACACCCGGCUCCCACAACGACACCUACGCCGAGUCCUUCCACCGCGACUUCUUCAAGAACUGGGCUGCCGGCAUUCCCCCGGAGCGCUGCAGCGAGGGCACUGAGGGACACAACACGGCGCAGAUCGGCGGCUUCGUGAUGCUGCCCCCCGUGAUCCUGGCCAAGCUGGACGGCCCCGCCGCGGCCAAGGAGCGCAUGAUGCGCCACCUCACCACCACACACGAGUCCCGCAAGCUGGCGGGAUACGCCGAGCAAUACUCGGACCUCAUCUACUCGCUGGUCAGCGGCGCCGACCUGCGCACCGCCACACAGGCGCUCGCGACCCGCAUGCGUGUGGACCUGGCCCAGCUGGUGCCGUACGACGACAUCCGCAUCGUGCACUCCACCUUUGGCUCCGCCUGCUACAUCGAGGACUCCUUCCCCUCCUUGCUGUACCUGGCGUAUAAGUACGCAGACUCGUUCGAGAAGGCGGUGCUGGCCAACACCAACGUGGGCGGCGAGAACUGCCACCGCGGCGCGGCGCUGGGCGCGGUCAUGGGCGCGGCGGCGGGCGAGAGCCGCAUCCCGCGCCGCCUCAUCGAUGGUCUGCACGACAGCAAGGCCAUCAAGGCGGAGAUCGACGCCUACGUCACAGCGCUGCAUCCCGAGCUGCUGCAGCAGUGCGGCCAGCAGGCGGCGGCGGCAGCAGCAGCCGGCGCCGCCACCAGCGCGUAAGGCGGGUGGCGGCAGUGGUGGUGUGGAUGAAGGGAUGGAUGGAUGGAUGAAUGGAUGGAUGGCGGUAGUGGUGGUAGUGGUGGUGGUGGCGAGUGGUGGGUGGUGGGCGGUGGGUGGUUGAGUUGGGCGGGGAGGAAGGGGAUGUGAAGGAGUGCAUGCGGUAGGAUAGGAGCGGUGUUGCCAAGGCGGAAGUGAAGGUGGGGACUGAGGGGCGCCGUGCCUGGCGCCGUGCCUGGGCAGCAGAUGACAAGGGUGCGAGAUGGGACAGGGUCAGGGGCAGGUUGGAAACGGGUGGGACCGGGCAUGUGGGCUAGCUGUGAGCUGAGGCGCGUGGUCAGAGGGGUGAGCUCUUAUCGUGUGGAGGAGUGUGCAUGGGAGCGGAAGCGAGACAGGGCAGGAAGUUUCGCGCGGACUUGUAGAAAACUGCCAAAGCUUUUGCCGCGAUCCCAAGAGACGACACGAUUGCCGUUUUCGGCACACAAUUACUGCUAUGGAUGCGGAUGUUACAGAGGGGACAGUCCCAGCUCCC